AUGGUCCGCAACACACCCACCAUGAGCCAGGAGCUGGCGACAGAUGCUCUGUUCGCCCGUCUUGAGAAUCAGUUCAAGAAGCUGCAGCAGGCUGAGUCGCAGUUGGAGAUCGAGAAGCAGGCGUUUGCGAAGACUGUCCAGGAAAUCAGAGCACGAGAAGAGGCUAUCGCCGCUCUCGAGAAAGGACUUAGGGCUCAGGCCAGUGCCAUCACUCUCAAGGAGACGUCUGCUCGAGAGAGGGACGCAGAUCUCGCCGGACAGCAGAGGCGACUUGAGGAGCGGGAAGGGGGCUGCGCUACCCAAGAGCAAGACUUGAUCCGGCGCGAGGCAAUCAUCGCUGAGCAGGCCGAGGAGAAGGACAGCAAAAUCGAGUGCUUUGAAGGUCAGAUCGAGCGCUUGAGGAUCGAUCACAAGAACGACAUCCGUACCCUGGAGCAAAAGCAUGACCAGGACCUUCAAGUUUUGCACUCCAAGAUCAAGCAGGAAGACGAGCGAAAGCAGGAGAAGAUCACCGAACUGGAGCGCAGCCUGAGUAUGAAGGACCGGGUAAUCAUCGACCUGCGAAAUGAGAUCCAGCAAAAAGAGAGGGUGCUCGAGGACUCCGAGAAGGACAAGGAACGCAUUAGAGGCCUACGCAGCGCCGUCUGCCCCGAGAAUGUCGACCUCCGCGACCUCUUCACGGAUCUCGGCUACGACGUUCCACGAUCCGACCACACCGUCCUUCGUAACAACCACCGUCCGAACGAUUUCCAUGACCCACCACCUCAACAACCACUACAACUUCGCCAUCAGCUUCUCUGGUGCUCUCACACGCUGCACGGGCUUUUUCAGAUUGCCAGAGCAUCUCAUGUCGGAGAGCAACAAAACUCUCUUCCAGCAGGGCCGACUGGUGGCCCUACCGGGCAUGGAGCAUGCAGCAGAGCUCGGAGACUUGGUAGCGGUGUAUGA